AUGCGAUGGAAGAUGGUACCUGAACAAUAUACAGUCAUAUGGGUCUGUGGUGAAUGUGGUAUUUCACUUCGUAAUUUUUCAAGAAAUGAGAAUAAAGUUGGUGCACAAAUUGCAGUCUUGCAACAUGCAGAUGGAGUGACGACCGGUAUUAGCAAUUGUCGAUUGGGUGAUCAAUUGAUCACGAUUAAUACGGAACGAGUGGAUGCAUUGAGAUUUAGUCAGAUUAUCGAUAUGCUUAAAACAACAAGACGUCCUAUUUCCUUGGGUUUUCGAACAAAUGCUAAUAUGCAGACAUCACCAAGAAAUGCACCGUCAUCGUCGACUAAGGUUCAGAAUACAACGGGAGAAUCAAGAUCGAAUCAUUUUUUUUCACGUGGAGGCCCUGUAGAGUCAAAGACGAUUAAGAAGACAUUGUCAUUACCAGUUGCAGACAGAUGUUUGAUGAGUGGAGACAAUUAUACGAAUGGAAGCAAGUCUUGUGACGGUGAUGAGAGCAGUGAAGUGGUGCGUCGGACAUUAGACCAUUCAGGCUAUGGUGACUUGAAGAGUAAAUUUCGAUCAAGUAGUGGCGAGGCGACGGCUUUUGAUCGUAGUACUAUAACGUCCGUGCAGUCAUCGUCAUGGACACUGUCCGAUGAUCUUGAAAUCUGGUGCAGAGAGCAGGAAGAGAUGCACAGCGACAUUAUUUUAUUGCUUACGGAGACCGUCAUGCGUUGCGAGCGAUUGCAGCAGGAAAACCUUGAUCAGCUUCAGAAUCUCAUGCAGCUCUCGGCAAGUAGUCCACACCAACGUGACAGGAGUGGCACAACGUCUUCUUAUGCAGAUACUGAGAAGGUCCGCAAUGUGGAGGUAGACUAA